GCGGAACUCGCCCGACUCCAGGACCUCGUUGAGACCCUCGCGCAGCAUCUCGUCCUAGAUGGGCGGACACGACUGUUAGUGGACGUCUUGCACAAACGCCAAUUGAUAUGCCUAGCAGGGACAGGGGGGAACAAACCUCGCCAAACUUCUGGUACUUGGCCUGGUAUUCCAGCCCCUCGUAGUAGCGGCGCACAAAGUUGCCGAGGUUCUGCUGCCAGUCGUCCCUCAUCACCUUCUUCUUGUCCUUGGCCUUGGCCUCGGUCAUCUUGGCGAAAGCCUCCUCGAAGUUGGGCACCAGCUUGAUCUCGGGCCUCUCGAGCAUUUCGGCAAGCUUCUUGCGCGUCUCCUCGAUCUUGGCGUCGUAUUCCAUCCGGAUGUCGUUCCGGGCGAGGUAGCUCAUGGGCGCCGACGUGCCGGGAGCCGGGGCCGCGUCGUUGAGGGCCUGGGCGAACUUGGUCCCAUCGAUGCAGUAGUCGACGUUGGUGCCGAGGCACUGGGGCGCGAACCCGAGGCGGAUGCGGCCGUCGGCGAUCUCGACGCCGCCGUACGAGCCAAGCUUCUUCUCCUCGUCAAAGUCCAGGAUCAUCGAAUGCUCGUAGGCGAUCUCGUUGAUCUCCUUGACGGCUUCCUCCUCGCCGUGCUGCUGGAUGAAGUACUUCAGCUGGUAGAUGGCGCCGGCGACGUAGCUGUUUACUGUCAGUUGCCGGGCUAUGAUGGCGAGAAGAAAGAAUACAACUCACGCAGCAAUGCAGCUACCCAGGCUCUCCUUGGCGUAGCCAUCGUUGUGGUACGGCCAGAUGGCGAGGGGGUUGAUCUCCUUGAGGGACCACUCGACUCCUCCCAGAAGCUCAGUGAGCUCCUUCUCGAACCCCUCCUUCUUGUUCUCCCAAUCGUCACGGACUGAAGGUCCAUUGUCAGCAGGAGAUCAUGGUGGGGUCAAGGGGAUGGGUCACUUGUAGCCAUACCGUUCUUCCUCAGGGCGAGGGGGAGCUUCUCGGCAGGGGGAAGGCGAGGCAUUGUGACUGAUGGGUAAAAGCUGGAUGGACGAGAUUGUAAAAGUGGAAUGGUGUGGGAAUGCCUAGUCGAGUGUGGCGUGGUGAUGGAGUGUUGGGAAGGGAGAAGUGAUGUGGGAAGUGGCCGGCUUUUUAAAAGAUUCCAGCGACCAACACGGCCCUCACACAGCCAUCCUCUCUUGCUUCCUAUCAGGCAGCACUUCUCCAACCAAGGCAGCUGGCGGAGAAUCCCCCCUCCUUCCCCCGAACAUCCCGCUCGAUCGCCGCAAGUAUGCGGUUCAGCCGCAGAUACAAGGGAGGCUUCAGACCGCCCCACGGGCUGGAAGAUGUCACACUAUACGCAAGACGCGAACAGCGGGAUCCGCCAACCACGGCGCUACCCUGCAGCCCGCGGGAGUCACCUACAUCACCCCGUCCGUUAUGGGCCACCCCGUCCCUGGCUGAUGUGGAGGGCUGUGUCUAGUGCCAUCCGGGUAGCGAGGCGGUGUCAGUCCAUGUCUGCCCCUGGCAUGUGCGGUGUGCGCUGCUGGAAGCGCGGGACGUGAAGGGUCCACGGCGCUAUCUGCGCCUAGGCCGGGACGGCGCAGCCUAGCUCGGAAUGUGAGACCAAGACAACGUGCCCGGCUGCCUGCGCUAUUCUCCGAGAUGCGCCACGAUGUUCAGCUGAGCGGGGUCGACAGGUGUUGGCGCGAUGCACCCACGCCUGCCAGAAAGCCUGAAAGCUUCUCUUCUGGAAAGAAAAGCAAUGUCGACAGUUCUGUUGGCGAGCUAGUUUCUCAACAUCUUCAAUCACAGGCGCCUUCUUGACUGGCCUGCUCUCGCCCAGUUUUGUUAUUCCAAGUAAGCCUCCACAGCCAACGAUUCAUACCCGUAGCUCGUCUCGAAGCCGAAACCCCUUCACCAAAAAGAAUUUAGCCAAAAAAAAAAAUCAACAUGGCGCCGGUGCCUCUCAAAGUCCAGGUCGGCAUCCGCGACCACUGGAAUAACAAGGACGCGCCGGUGCAGGUCGCACUGAAAGAGCUCCAGGGGCUCCUCGGCCUUCAGGUCGAAAUUGAGCCCGAGUGGCCGCUCAUCCUCGCCGAGCUCGACAGCUUCUACAUCGACAAGGGCAACUUUGCUGCCGCCGUGGCCGGGGCUGUCGAGACAUGGGCCAAGGCGCUGACGGAGCUUCUCGAUGACGAGAAGAACGAGCUGUGGACAGAGAAGCUCCUGGAGAAGCUCAAGGAGUCGUGGUCGCGUCUGCGGGCCUUUGUCGAUGUCAGCAAAGACACCAGUGCGUCGACCGAGUUCUCCCACGAACGAGGGGGCUUCGUCAUCACGCUGCCCCGGCGGACGCUGAACCAGCCAUAUGAGCUGUUCCCGCUGUACAAGGGCGAGAUCCACGCGUCCUUUGACGAAGGCAGAAAGAAGAAGAGCGUAAAGCUCCCUAGCCACUCCGCGCCGGCCGCAGGCGACGACUGGGCCGACGUGGAGGUGGACGAGGCCACGGGCAAGCUCGAGGUCGUAGAGAAGGCGACACCAGCGGCAAUGGUAGCGGCAGCCGUCAGCGGCGGUGCUCCUCCGCCCGGGCUGCCGAAGCCCGAGUUCAUGCCCAACGCCGACACCCUGCCGCGGCCGGACGAGCUGCUCCUGAGGCCGCCGUACCACCUCAUCGUGCACGCCAAGGGCCUGACCGAGGUCGAGGUCCAGUGCAGCCACAGCCCGUCGCUGUCCUUCAUCGCCGACUACCUGAAGCGCUGGAGCCGCGCGAACCACAACAUGACCAACAAGCCUCCUUCGGUGACGGUCAAGCUCCAGCAGGCGGCUUUCGGCCUGGGCGCCAUGUACGACUGCCUAUGGCUCGUCGCGGACAACCGCUACGGGCCGCAGCAGACAGUCUCGCCCACAAUCAUUCUCGCGCUCGUUGAGGGUGUGUUGGGGUACGACAAGAUCUCCGGCGACGGCGGGUCGUGGACGUACCGUCGGGAUAUCCCUUUCAAGACCAUCUAGAGGCCGCUAAGCGACCAAACAAGGUAAACCGUGAGCGGAAUAAGCGAGCGCAAGUUGCACUAGAUAGAACCUUACCUAGCUACAUUAUCGGGAAAAUGCGGCCCACCUUGUGUCUCGACCUUGGAAUCGGGCGGUCUGUAUUAGUUGG